AUGAGCGAAAACUGGCAAGUAUUAUUUCUCUGCAUAUUGCUUUGCUUUGGCACCGGAGCUAGGACGCAAGAAAAUACGACUGUUUUAUAUGCUAUGGAAAGGUCAAGAUGUGUGGAAUUCGAAUUGAGACACUCUACAUUGAACCUUGGAUCGAAAUCUAUCAGUCUGUAUGCUGCUUCGCAAUCUCAAUUAUUGUUCGACGAAAUUGUUGGAUUAGCCGUUGAUGCUAUCACACUUAAUGAAACCUCUAGUUGCGGCAACGACAUACGCAAAUUAAUUGUCGAUUUAUUGUAUCCCACUUGCUCCUCAAAGCCAGCUCAGCUAAAGUAUCAACCAAGUCAAUGUUUAGCUAACAAUCCUAAAUGUAGGCAAGUAAUACAGCAAUCUAACUUUGCUUUCCUUCUAGAAAUUUGCCAUAACAAGCAAAAUACUACAGUUUAUCAGAAUUCUACUACGUGCAAUAUUCAAUUAACAACAUUAUGCAAGCCAUUAUAUCAACAAAAUAUGAGAAUGCCAACUUAUAUGGCUGAAUUAGCUUUACUUGGAUUAAGAAUUUAUCAGCGUGGUUUGCAAAAAUUUAAUAGUUUAACUAAUGAGCAGCCACAAGCAAAAGAUUAUCAAUUUUACUGUUUACAUCUUCCAUUAUGUAAUCUCAAUAACAACAGCGAUAAUUUAUGGUUCCAACGUUAUUCUAUCCUUCCAAAUCAACAAGAUCGGAUAGUGAACAUGCUGCAACCAAUUGCAGUACCCUCUAAUACUGUGUUUACGAGACAAGAUAGCAUCAAGAUUUACAACAUACCGGUUAGAGGCGUUCAAAUUCUCAAUACUGAAUUUCAGUUUUAA